AUGGAGUUAGCGUUCGAUAUACCUUCGUCAUGCUCAGGAGUCGUGACCAAUAGGUGCAACCUCAAGGUUGCCGAUCAUGUAUUUAAGAAUCUAGAUGAUGGACAUAAAGCUCUAUUUGUGAAAUCAUGCUUCUGGCCACUAGUGCGCAUUCCCAAUUUGAAAUUGGCGUCUCAAAUAAUCCACCACCUUCUUCAAAGGACCUUGAAAUUAUGCGAGAACGAAAAAGACGCCGUUUGGUUCAAAUUUGGAGAAAGAAAAGCUAGAUUCGGGUUACAAGAAUUUUCUCUUGUAAGCGGAUUCAAGAUUGUGCAUGAUGUGGCUUCGUACGAGGUCCCGGAAAGAAGUAGUUCGCUUUUGUAUUUAUUCAAAAGGAAGCGAGGGAAGCUAACAAAGAAAGACUUGCUCAAUAAAUUUGAUGAUUUGGUUUGGGCAUUUGAGGCACUGCCUGAGCUUGGAAGAAAAUUUUCUGAAACUUGUGGUGGGUGUGCCAGACUUCCGAGAAUUUUGUCUUGGAAAAUGAAAAAACAGUGGCGAAGCGAGCAACUUAGUACGUUUUUCAACACGUCGGAGAUGAGGAAGAAGAAGAAGAAGAAGAAGAAGAAGAAGAAGAAGAAGAAGAAGAAGCGAACAUUACAACCUUCAAGGGAUGAAGUUCAAACUUCAUACUUGAAGGAAUUCCGUAUUGUCCCUGAAGAUGAGGAAGAAGAAGAAGAAGAAGAAGCAGUUUUUUGUUUAAAUAUAUACCCUAACUUUACGAAGAAGAAGAAGAAGAAGAAGAAGAAGAAGAAGAAGAAGAAGAAGAAGAAGAAGAAGAAGAGGAAGAAGAAGAAGAGGAAGAAGAAGAAGAAGAAUGAUGCAUCUCAGUCUGAUCCGCCACAAUCGCAAGUUUUUGGUGCUGAAAAGAUUUCAGCUAUAGUCAAGAAGUUUGUGAAGGAUGAGAUUAGAUUAUUUUCUUUGCAAAUGGAAAUGAAGAUGGACAUGUUUUUUGAGCGAAUGGAAAUGAAGAUGGACAAGUUUUUUGAGCGAAUAACAGAUUUAGUUUUUCAGUCAAAAGAUAGUCCAUCUACCCGUGCUACUUAUGACGGGACAAAUGUUGAUACGGAGACCGCUCGAAUAGUAGAUGGUGUGGAAGACACGAUCAAUUCACCAUCUCCCAUGCCCGAGAAAGAAAAGGUGGGAGUUCAUGAUGACGUGGGCUUGGAAAUGAGGGCAAAAGAUAAAGUUGUCUUGGUCAAAGACAAAUUUUCUGAGGAGGCUGUCUCACCAAAGAAGAAUGAACAUGGAUUCGAUACCGGUGUUGUGACUGACCCGUCAUCAAUGAUGUUCCAAGAACGACCUAUGGAGAUCGAGGAAACCGAUGAAGAUGAUGCACUCGAGUCUCCUAAGGGAAGAGGGCACGGGAAGAAAAGAAAGGCCGCCGUCCUACUUACUCCGUGGAGGAAUCCCGUAAAAAGACAAAAAAUUCCAAAUGUGACGGAGUACGACCAUCAUAGGACAGUGGAUGAAGCUAAACUUGAGGAUUUAAGGCGGUGGUUGGCGAACUCCCCUGAAAGGUUUGACUGUUGGAUGUUUACAAUCAAAUUCAUUGAGUUUUUGCAUGCUGGGAAGGAUGUUAAAGGCGUAGAGCAAAAAAUGAUUCCCUCUUGGCAGUCGCGGCCGCGGAGAUCGUCACACCGGCGACAUCCUGGCAAGGGUUCUGUCCCCUUCAAUGUCGCGACCGCGGUGCUAGUCGCGCCCCCGACAUCCUGGCAAGGGUUCUGUCCCGCCCGCGGUGACCCCGUCGCGAGCUUCUGCAGCUUGACAUUUCCUGUCGCGGGCGUGACGAUCACCGCGGGCGCUACAGAAGCUCGCGACGGCUGUCCUGGGCGCGACGAUCAAGCUGUCGCAGGC